AUGGGUGCAGCUACGUCGAAGCCCGACACUGAAAAAGACGGAGCAUCCGUCGACAAGUUUGCGAUCGCGCAGACGCUGUCGGAAAAAAUGAAGCAAGUCAAGCCGGAUACGUCUGCGGCGAGCCCGGAUGUGUCGCGCCAGGGUAUCUUGGACAAAUCGAUUCAGGACAAGAUCCACGAUGAGCUGUCGAAGCUGCGCAAACAGGAGCAGGAUAUGCAGAAGCAGAUCGAACUUGCCCUUGAAAAGGAGAACAUUGAAAAGCAAGGCAAGCCCUGGUUCGGCAAGGACAAAGGCCAGAGCAGCGAACUGCUUAAGAAGGAGCUCGACCGCGUCAAGGCCAAGAUUGACAAGUGCGCUACACGCGAUAUCGAUAGCUUCCCUUCGCUGAAGUCAGCGAGGGAUGAUGUCGUGCAAUGCUACACCAAUAAACCGGCACGAACGCUGGACUGCUGGAAAGAGAUCGAGACGUUCAAGCAGGCUAUGGUGAAUGUGCAGCAGGACUUAAUGUCCGCUUGGAACUAA